AUGCUCUCUGGAAACAAGCGAAGAUGCCGGUGUUCCAGUGCUCUCUCAAGCAUGUGGAUUCUUUUCAGCUAUGUAACAGCUGCAGAAGCAGUGAAGGUAUCCGUGGUGGCCAACAGCAUCCAAGUGGUCCGGGGAGGAAGCGCCCUCCUGCCAUGUUCCUUCCACACCACCGCGCCUCUGAACCGUCUCAACAUUAUUUGGACAGUGGUCCCAGCAGCAGACCCCAACCACCCCCAGCAAGUACUCGCUUACGAGCAGGGCGAGGUGGUGGAGAGCGUCUCCCGCUACACAGGCCGGGUGGGCUUUGCCUUCUCGCCCACCCAGAGCGCCACCCUCAUCCUCAACGACACCCGUGGCUCAGACAGCGGCACUUACCAAUGCAGCGUGAUGAAUCCGCCAGAUGCCGCCACGCCCAACAUUGGGGUCCUCCAGCUCACUGUGUUUGUACCACCGUCUAAUCCUAGAUGCUCCAGUGAGGGCAAUGGGGACGAGGGGAGCAAUCUCCAGUUCUCAUGCACAGUAGAGGAAGGAAUGCCCAUCCCCGCUUUUGUUUGGGAGAAGAUCCCGCCUGCAACAGAGCCCUUGGUGACCAGCUACAAAGAUGACCACCGCCUCCUCCUGACCUUCCACAACCUGACCACAGAGGCCUCCGGCCUUUACCGUUGCACAGCCUCCAACAUGCUGGGCGCCGUCUCCUGCUCCUUGGAGCUGCGGGUGCACGUUGCCCCUGGCAACAGCACCUCCCUGGUGGUGGGGAUCACCCUCAUGCUCAUCAUGGGCCUUGUGCUGCUCACCCUCCUUGCUCUGGUCCUGUGGCUCCAUCAUCGCAGCAGGGACAAGUGGGAAGAGGACGACUCAUACAAUGAGAUCAGACUUGACAAUCUCUCACUGGGGCGGCUGAUUGUUACCAAGAGCCCCGCUGGGGACAUUUCCACAUCCAGCCCUGUGACUCAGCCUCUCUGGAUCUUCACGAGCGCCACUCCUAACACCACUUAUGCCCAUCGUGAAUGGAGACCCCAGCCCGGGACUGCGAGCCAGGCCACGCUUCCGGGAGGGCUAAGAGAGCCCACGUCAGCACACCGGGGAAGGCAGAGAAACAGCAGCCUCUCUGAGCAGCAGAGAUCCUCGUCUGAAAGCGAGGACGAAAAGCAACCCUUGCCCGGCUCUGCACAGAAGCCCACAGGAUUCCUGGUGUAG